CAAAAGAAAAAAAAAGGAAAAAGGAAGGGAAGGGGAGAGCCGAGAGGAGAAGAGGGGAGGGAGGCGCACCGGCGUUGCUGGGCCUCGCCGCCGCCAUCACGUCCUCACCGAGCCCUGGAGGAAAACCGCGCCACCACAUGCAGCCAUCACCGCCGUGCCGCAUCGCUGCUUCGCCGCCGUUCAUGCUUCUGUCACUGUCAGAACCGCACGCCGCCGUUGGAAGCAUUUUCAUCGUCGCCGUUAAUGGAGCUUGGUGAACAGUGGGAAGACACGCAAGGAAGGAGAAGCCUUCGCCGUCGCGCCUUGUGCUUCCAGCUUCGUCGCACCUCAUCAUCAUCAUCGCUGCCGGACCUCCGUGUCGCACCAGCGCCGCGAGUUACUAUCGAGCCACCACAAACAGGACCCGAUGCGAAGAGAGAGAACAGAGACGCGAAGGAGAGGUGGCUGCGGGUCACUGUCUUCGAAGCUUCCGUCGUCACCGUGCAGAGCCGCCGCCAUUGUCAUCAUCACGGGCUGCUGUUGCUGCGCGUGUGAUCAUCGCCGCCUCUGGGUCCGUCACCGUCGAGGCUGGUCGCGGGCAGAAGAAGGAGAAGAGACCUCCGUCACUGCCGAGCCAAACGCAGGAGAGAGAAGGAGCCCGCGGGAGAGGAGCUUGUUACCGCCGCUUCUGCCGUCGGAGAACACCUCUGCUGCCACUGAGAUCUGUCGCCGUCGCCGUUGCCGGAGUUCUGGUCGCCGCUGCCGUUCGAGGUGGCUGCCGCCAAACCGGUUCAGCGACCGCCGCUAUUUCAUUUUCUUAGUUCGGGUCGUGUUUUGAGCGUUGCACGUCGCUUUUAAGUUGCUGUGGGUGCUGCGAAAGUGAUCAGGGGCCGAGUUUGCGGUUGCUAUUGGUUUCGGGUUAAGAGAAACGGUUUCGUUGACGCGUUUUGAGUUAUGGUUUCGACGAGUUGAGACUGUGUGGUUAGGUUCUCACCCCCUACAGCUUUACUUUUUCAGGAACCAGAAGAAGAAGCUUUAAGAGAAGUUAUACUGCGUUCGGUUUAUAUGUUGUUGAAUUAAUUAGAUUAUUUUCUUCUCUCGUCUUUGUUAUUACAAUUUUGU